AUGGCGCAGCCGAGCUCGAGCGGCAGUGGCGAACUAGGGCUAGGGUUUGCGGGGGCAAAAGGUGGCAGCGCAGAGGAGUGCCCGGUGGCCGUGUCAGUCGAGCUGCUGUGGAAUGUGGUCUUCACCGGCGACGUGUCCAUCUUCACCAAGGCCUGCGUCGGCAUGGUCGACGCAGUCGAGGUCGAUGGUGACGGCGGGCCCGGGAGCGUCACCACCAUGAAGCUCAACCCAGCUGUGGGUGACGCGAAGGUGUUCAAGAUCCGGCUCCUGGCGCGCGACGCGGCGGCGCGUGUAGUGAAGUCGGAGCUGGUGGUGGAGGGCGGCGAGCUGGCCGGGCAGAUGAAGUCGCAGGUGUCCGAGGUGAAGGUGGUGCCGGCCGGUGAGGGCGCCUGCGUGGUGCACAUGACGGUGGAGUACGAGCGGGUGGACGGUGCGCCGCUGCCGCCGGCGGACGAGGCCAUGAUCGUGCAGGGCUACCUCAGCCUCAUCAAGAAGGUGGAGUACCUCGUCGCUCACCCCGGCGAGUUCGCCUGAGCUGCCGCGAGAAUGUCUCAUCGUGGUGAUCGGGCCGGAGAAAUCCGUGUUAAGUAUAUGAUGGUGAUCAUGCCAUGGGUGUGUUCUUGAUUUGGAAAUUCGAAUAACGAGAGCAAGUGAUCCUCUUCUUGGUCGGUUAAUUGUGCUAGUGGUGUGGGGGGGACAACAGUUUCAGUUUUUGUGAAAACAGUUUAUGUUU